AUGGAAAGCAGAAUUCAAUUAAUUGCAUUUUUUCAAAAUUAUAGUAAAGAUUGCUAUGGAUGGAGAAAUAUUGAAGCAAGCUAAAAUAUGAACUUUAAUACUCUAUUUUAUCUAAAUAUAUCUUGUAAUAUAUUUGAGAAACUUAGCAGAAAUUUUACAAUAACUCCACAUAUGGAGACAUCUAAUUAAAUAAAAUUCAGAUUUGGAAUUAUUACUUUGAGAAUUUAUCAUUCUGGUGUUACGUAUUGACAUAUAAGGUCUAUAUGGACAGAAGGAUUAAAAAAAAUGAGUAUGGAAUUAAAAUCACUGCAAUUGACAAGUAAUUGAAAAUAAACAGAUAAAGCAAUAUAUUGUUAAAUUAAAUAAC